AUGUCAAAACAUCUCUUUUUAUUGGAUACUGUGUUGAUAUUUUGUUUACUAUCAUUGGCCUCUGCCGAACAAAACACCGCCGUCGUGAGGGCUACAUAUCAUUCGUACGAACCACAGAAACAUAAUUGGAAGUUGAACUCUUCUGCAGUUUGUGCAGAACAGUUUAACAAUUCACCAUUGUCAUGGCGCAAGGAAUAUGGUUGGGCUGCCUUCUGUGGACCUGUUGGACCUGUUCACAAAGAGGCCUGUGGCAAGUGUUUAAAUUUGUACAUGGGAAGUGUGGAAUCUGGGGAUGUCUCCUUCACACAACCAACAAUGGCUAUUGAUUCCCAAAUAGUAAGAAUUGUUGAUGAGUGCAGCUACGAAGGGCUUGACUUAGAUAUUGAUGUGUUUCAAAAGCUAGACAGAUCCGGAACCGGGAAAGCUCAAGGUUACCUUAUGGUGUAUUAUUACUUUGUGAAUUGUGGUGAGUAUUUACUUAACUCUUUUACUACGUUAAUUUAA